AGGAUGCAGAAGGGGAAGCAGGCUCUGCAAGCCACUGCUGCUGCUGCUGCUGCCCCCGCUGCCACCGCCUGCUGCUGCUGCCCCAGGCAGCUCCUCUACCACCUGGAAGUCAGGCCACCCUGGCUAUGGCCAAGGUUGGGGGUCGCACAGCCUGCUUCGUCCUGCUAGCCUUGGUGGUCCUGGUGGCCAUCAUUGUGUUUGCCAGCCUUCUGGCCCCACAAAGCAAGUGCCUGGGGAGAAGCUAUCCCACCGCUGCUGUAGCAGCUGACACCAAAAGCUGCUCGGACAUUGGCAGGGAUAUCCUUAAGGGCGAUGGCUCCCCCGUGGACGCGGCCAUCGCUGCCCUGGUCUGCACCUCUGUGCUCAACCCUCAGAGCAUGGGCCUGGGAGGCGGGGUCAUCUUCACCAUCUACAAUGCCAGCACAGGAGAGAUAGAAGUGAUCAACGCUCGGGAAACCGUGCCCCAGAUGAUCCCCCUGACUCUGCAGGAGCGCUGUGAGAAAGACAUGCCACUGGGACAAGGGGCCUAUUGGAUCGGAGUCCCAGGAGAGCUCCGAGGUUACCAGCUAGCACACCAGCGCCAUGGCCGCUUGCCAUGGGCCCAGCUGUUCAAGCCCACCAUCCGCCUCCUCCAGGAGGGCCUCCGAGUCCCCAGGGUCCUGAACUUGUUUCUCAACAGCCCUCUUACCCAGGCCAUAAAUAGGUCCUCUCUUCGUCACGUCUUCUUCAAUGGAAAGAAGCCCUUGGCCGAGGGCGAGCCUCUGCUGUGGCCGGCUCUGGAGCACACCCUGGACGCUGUGGCCGAGAAGGGCGCCGAUGAGUUCUACAAGGGUGCUCUGGCUGAGGACCUUCUGGCUGACCUCGCCAUGGAAGGGAGCGUACUAACCAAGGAGGAUCUGGCCAGCUUCCAGGCCGAGGUGGUCAAGCCUCUGACCCUGAGCUUGGGGGACUACACUCUGUACUCGCCCCCACCCCCCGCAGGAGGAGCCGUACUCAGCUUUGUCCUCAAUGUGCUCAAAGGUUUUCAAUUCCCCCAGGACGCCCUGGCCCAGCUCCAGGGGAAGGUCAACACUUACCACCGAGUGUUGGAGACCCUGAAGUUUGCCAGUGGACUCAAAUGGAAGCUGCGGGAUCCUCGAAGCUACCCAGAGCCCCCGGAUGUGUACCUGGACCUACUGACCGAGGAGCUAGCCCAGAAGGUCCGGGACCUGAUUGGCCCCCAGGGCAACCACACACCCAGCUACUACAAUCUCAGCUUGACCAGCAUGGGGGGACAGGAGAUGGGUACCUCCCAUGUGGCCAUCUUGGGCCCGGAUGGCAGUGCCGUGUCUGCCACCAGCACCAUCAACGCACCGUUUGGCUCCAUGGUGUACUCUCCAAAGACUGGCCUCAUUCUCAACAACCAACUACUGGACCUCUGCUGGAGGACAGCUCCAGGCUCCAGCAAGCUGCUGGAUCCAGUUCCAGGGGAAAGGCCCCCCUCCUCCAUGGUACCAUCCAUCCUGAUCUCCAAAGAUCAGAAGUCCAAGCUGGUGAUUGGAGGCUCUGGAGGGCAAUUGAUCCUUCCAGCCACAGCCUUGGCCAUCAUGAACAACCUGUGGUUUGGUCUGGAUCUACAUGAAGCCAUCAAAGCAAAGAUCCUCUAUGUGAGUCCCACAACCAAGGCUCUGUUUGAGCCAGGCUUUGACAAGGAAGUCCAGGAUGGGCUCAUUAACCGUGGACAUGAGUAUGAAAACUUCUCCUUCUGGCUGAACGUGGUGCAGGCCGUGGCCAGAGACAGGCUGGGCUGCAUUUAUGCCGAAUCAGAUGAGAGGAAGCUGGGGGAGGCAGCUGGCUACUGAGCCAGGGCUAGACCCCACCCAUGCUCACCUUGCCAGCUCUUCCACAUCAGAGUCAACAAGCAUGCCGUCCCAGAGACCUGGCCCACCAGGCAGCAAGAAGCCAGCUGUGGCACCAGCAGUCAUGGCGCUUCCUUGGGUCUGUCUGCCUGUUCCACCAGCUCAGGAGCCAUCAGACUGGGGCUGCAGCGGUCAGCAGGGCUUACCCAGAGCGGUGACAGCUGGGGGGCCAGAGUCUUUUCCUCCUCCCCCUCCCUGGACCUGGUGGGUGUGACAUUCACUUCCUGAGCUGGAUUUUUAGAGAAAGAUAAGAAAGAAGGAGGGGUGAUGUCAACCAUCCCUGUAUAUCCUUGGGAGUGGCUGGGACCUUGGGCUAGCAGAACUGGGCCAAUGAAGUCCAAGGCUAGGACCAGCCUGGUCUAAAUUUGGGAGGCCUCCCCUCAGGGGGCUGCCAUUCUUGGAGAGUCCCCAGCUGCCCUGGCUCAUGGACCACGGGUCACAGCAGGGUGGCCAUGCCCAGAGGCUCAUAUUUGUCAUAUCUACUCAGUCUUCAACAUUGAUUAAGGACCUUGA